AGAUUAUUAUUGUUUAUUGAUACUGAGAGGGAAUUUCCACAAGGUAUGGAGUCUUACACUGUGUAAGAGAGGACAGCAGAGCGCUCCGCAGCAGAGUGGGGAAGAUUGAUCUGUGCACUGGCCACAACCUCCCAGCCACACAGGUUCCUGUAUCGAUGGCGUCUCCUGAACCGUAUAAAACCAUCCUGUUUGAAAGCAAAGCCUGGGUGUAUCGCAUCCCCUCGCUUCUCUACAUCGAAGAGACCAAAACGUUCCUCGCCAUGGCCGAGAAGCGAGGGACUCACGAGGAUGUGGAUGCACAGAGUCUGGUGUUGAGGAGAGGCCAUCUUCAGAACCAAGAUGUUCAGUGGGACGAUGUGGUGGAAUUGGAAAAGGCCUUGCUGCCCGGCUACCGGACCAUGGGACCUUGUCCCGUGUAUGACCGGGACCAGCGAGUCGUGUUCCUGUUCUUCACCUGCAUAGAAAAUGGUGUGACCGAGGGAUCCCAGAUCUUCACGGGGAGGAAUGCAGCGAGGCUGUGCAUGGUGAAGAGCAGUGAUGCCGGGGUGACGUGGAGUGAGCUGGUCGACCUGACCAACGACGUUAUCGGAGACAGGAUUUCAACCGGUCACAUCGCAGGGAAGUGGGCCACGCACGCAGUGGGGCCGGGGCAUGGCAUACAGAUGGCCUGUGGCCGCUUGGUGGUGCCCGCCUAUGCUUAUCUAAUUUACUACAGUUGUUGGAUCUUCACGGGGCUCUUCACUUACCCCCACGCCCUCUACCUGUACAGUGAAGACCAUGGGCAGACCUGGCUGGUGAGCGAGCUGGUCAGCGAGCUCCAAACACUGGAGUGCGAGGCUGCUGAGGUCACCAGGCCUGACGCCAGCCCCCAGCUGUACCUCAACACUCGCAUCAAGAAACAGGGGCUGAGGGCCGAGGUGGUCAGCCUGGAGCCAGGCAGUUUACACAAACCCACUCUGGCCCAAGAGCUGGUGGAGACGGGUUAUAAUGGCUGUCAAGGCAGCGUGGUUAGCUUCCCCGGCCCCAGCCCGAGCCCCACACGUAGCAACAACCAACCAUUCUGGCUGGUGUUCACACACCCCACCGACAAGAAAGACCGAGUGGACCUGGGCGUGUAUGUGGACCCGUUGUCUCGCCCCACCCCAGGCUGGAGCAAACCCUGGCUUAUUAACCGCGGCCCAUCCGCUUACUCUGACCUGGCGUACGUGGCCACCUGUGGGGCGUUUGGGUGCCUGUACGAACGCGGUGACACCAAUUACUGGGAGCAGAUUGUCUUCUGUCUCUUCACAGUGCAGGAGAUGAUGGAACACGUGGGCAUCAGCGACUCCGGUCCCUGACUCACUCACUCGCUCAACAAGAACAACAGCAGCAACAACAUCGCCUUCAGACAAUCACACCAACUUUCUCGUUUCAAGACUGAGACGGAUCCAUAAUA